UUAUCAUUCUUAAUGUCAAACAAUGACAACAUUGACUUGUUGGGCAGCUUACGAAGGAAAAGUAUUAAGACUGAGAAUUGUAGGGCUUUACCCAAAGGGAAGCCCUUUCAAAAAUUCUCAACGGCCAAGGCAGAACCCAGGCCGAAGAGGGGGUUUGGAAAUAGUUUUCAACCAGCAAUAGACGCGCCUCGGUUAGAACCUCACUAGCUGCGUCAUUGC